AUGUUGGCGCACAAGACUGAAGCGGCGCACUUUGGGCGAACGCGGCUGGCGGUAAACGUACUGGUGUGUUAUCUGCUGAGGGGCAGUCAUGUUUCUCCAGUAUUACCUCAACGAGCAGGGCGAUCGCGUCUAUACUCUAAAGAAAUUUGACCCCAUGGGACAACAGACUUGCUCUGCCCAUCCUGCUCGGUUCUCCCCAGAUGACAAAUACUCAAGACACCGAAUCACCAUCAAGAAACGCUUCAAGGUGCUCAUGACCCAGCAACCGCGACCUGUCCUCUGAGGGCUUGUUAAUCUCUUGUGUUACUCGUCCCCCGGCCGAUUAUCAGCAACCAAACACUUCAUUCCGUGAGCCUGGAAGCCUUCCCAUGCUGUUUAGAAUCCCCUCUCUCACUAAAGUCUGUAGUGAUGGGCAUCGCCCGUAAAAGGAACGACUUUUUUUUCCAUGUUUUGAUAUACUGCCCGGUUAUUAAAGAUACAAUGACUUGAAAGUU